AGAAAAAAAGUGGUGAAUGGGGACAUUGUUUGUGGUCAAAGCCAAGUGAUCUAACAUAAAAUAGUUUGUUGCGUAGGUUACCUUCAAUGAAAGAAAUUGCUUAUUAGAUGUUUUUAUAAUGAUAUUUAUGCAGUCUUAAAGUAUAUUUUUAAGACUUAGCCUAAUCUGUGUCAUUUGAUUUCAGAUGCCGAGGACUUAUAAAAGAGAUCCGAGGGCCAAACAUCACCGCCCUGUUGAUGAAGAAGCCAUAAAACGAGAACUAGAUGCCGUGGCAAAAGGCAUGUCUAUUAGAAAAGCUGAAGAGCAGUUUAAAAUUUCAAAAUCAGCGCUGCACCGAUACGCAAAAAAAGCAAGAAGUGGACGAGAGUUGACUUUUAAAAAGAAAGGGGGACAGACCGCGUUGGACUCAAAGUUAGAGCAAGAAAUCAGUGCUAGCUUAUCUAAGUGUGGUGAAUGGGGUUAUCCUCUGAGUACAUUUGAUGUCCGGUGUUUUGUUAAGUAUCAUUUGGAUAGAGAAGGGAAGAAUGUAUCAAAAUUUAAAAAAUAACUUUCCUGGUGCAGACUGGGCUGAUGGGUUUUUAUCAAGACACAAGGCCAUUCUGUCCCAAAGAAUGUGCCAAAACAUUAAAAGAAGUAGAGCGAAAUUAUCUCCAAAAGUAAUCAAUGACUAUUUUGAUGAGUUGAAGGACACUGUUACAGAUGUUCCUCCCGAUAUGAUAAUCAAUUAUGAUGAGACUGCGUUGUCCGAUGACCCAGGCCGUCGCAAACUAAUUUUUAAAAGGGGUUGUAAAUACCCUGAGCGAGUUAUGAACAAAAGUAAGAGCAAUGUGUCUGUGAUGUUUGCUGCCACUGCUUCUGGCAAAAUGCUGGCUCCUUACAUAAUUUAUAAAGCCACUAACUUGUACGAUUUAUGGUGCCAAGGUGGACCUCCAGGAUGCUUUUACAACCGCACCAAGUCAGGUUGGAUUGACGGAAACACAUUUUUAGAUUGGUUUCAGAGAGUUGUUAUCCCGUACUGUCGCAGAUCAAAUGGGAAAAAAGUUGUAAUAGGUGACAACCUAAGUUCACAUUUGUCACCGGUUGUUAUUCGGCUAAGUGAACAAAACAACAUCCAGUUUGUUUUUCUGCCGGCUAAUUCAACCCAUUUGACACAGCCCCUGGAUAUAGCACUGUUCGGUCCCAUGAAAAAAUGCUGGCGUAAUGUUAUGGAAGAAGCAAAAUUUCAUGAAAGGAAUAGCAAUGCCUUUGAUAAGAGAUAUUUUCCAUCUCAUGUGAGGAAAGCCCUACAAAAACUAGAGCCUAACUUACAGAAAGACAUCAUUGCAGGUUUUGACAAGGCAGGAAUUUUUCCUCUUAACCGAAAACGUGUGUUGGACCGGCUGCCCCCUGAGCUGUGUGAGGAUGAAGAUGUUGAUGGCAGUCAGGCUAAUAGCAGCACUAGUGUAAAUGACAGUUUAACAACUUUCUUGAAAGAGAUGCGUUAUGGUGAUGGGAGGGAAAAACAAGCAGUAGGCCGAAAAAAGAAACUGAACAUUCCGGCUGGCCGCAGCGUCACUCUUGCAGAUUUUGAUGACCCUGACGAGGAAGAAACAGAAAAUGAAAGAUCUGAAAACGAAGAUCUACCAGACAAUCAAGAAUUUUCUAAUUAUGAUUCUAAUGAAGAAGGUUUUGAUAUGGAAAAGAGCGAUGAAGAGCGUUCUGAAGAUUUAGCGGAGUGCAUCAGUGAAGGAGACUGGGUGAAUGUGAGAUUUACGUAUGAUAAGGGGGUAAAGGUUUUUAUUGGGAAGGUUUUAGGAAUCGAAGAUGCAGAAUUUAUUGGGACAUUCCUUCGGCAGUCCAGUAAAUGUGACAAUAUUUUUUUAUUUUCCCAAUGUGCCUGAUGAGUUCCCAUUUAACAAGGAUGACGUUUUGGCAGUUUUAAAACCGCCACACUCACAGAGGGUACGGUAUAUUUUUGAAUCCGACCCCCUAAAGUAGGCCAAAACAAAUGUAAAAAGUGUGUCUUCAUAAAUUUUAUUAUUUUAUAUAGGCCUAUUUAAAAACCAUUGAAAUGUAAGUAGCCUACUGUAAAACUUUGUUACU